CACAUGCUCUGUGUGUAUGUAGGGCACUGGCCACUAACCCACACACCGCUGAGCUGUCAGAAUUGGCCCAGGCUGUAGUCCGAGUGGAGCUUUGCAAGCAGCAAGAAGACUGGCACACUCUGGCACACGUGUUCUGCACUGUGUGUGGUGGUCGUCACAGUGCAGGAGAGCUGUCGAGGUUCUGCUGCUGUGUCACCAUGGCACUGCUGAAAGACACUAAAGACAAACUGACUCUGCCUUAUGAACCAUUUGCUGAGUCAGUUUGUCAGGAAGUGCCAACAGAUGAGAUGAUUAAAAGCUUUCUGGGACGAGUAGGAGUCUCGCUGAUGUUUAACUAUUACAGAGCCCAAGACUGGACCAAGGGUUUGAAGCUAUUGUGUGUGAUGGAUAGGUUGCAGAUGGAAUUCGCUAUGCUCAAAGGGCUCUUUAGUAGUGAAAACGGAGCAUCUCGAUGUCAGCUUAUAACCAUCGCAGCAGAAUUCUUUAUUAACAGUGGCAGCAUAGAGGGAGCACUGAACUUGCUCAAAGCUAAUGAAUGGUUUGUGAGCUCAAGCGUGUGGCCAUGUGACCAGGCUGACCUACAGAAGCGCAGGAGAGUACUGACUCUCCUCGCUGACAAGACAUCAUACAGAGACACACUGGAGGUCCUCACUAAUUUACCUGGGCUUAAACAGCCAAUAGAUGGUGUUCAGGCAAGUGAGUACAAUACCAUGUUUAACGCACACCUUCGAAGGUGUGUGAUGAAUCACGUGUUGCCGGUCGGUGCAGACACACUUGAAUUCAUGCUGACUCAGGGAAUCCAACUGGACACCACAGAACUUCAACAACUCAUUCACAAACUAGGCAAACAGAACAGCUGGAGCCGAGCCAGGACUCUGUUCAAACGUGCUCAUUCUGCUGGUUAUUACUCUGGGGUUGUGUGGGAGGAGGACAGCUUGGCUCUGCCCUGUUGUCUCACAGAGAUCGAGAUGACUCUGGCUUUUGAGAUGUUUAUUGCCUGCAUCUGUACAAGCUUUAAAAAUCGCAUUGACUCUUCUCAACCACUGCUCAUCACGCUCAAAAGGCGCUCUGGCCAUGAGGUGGCAAUGGAGAGUGUGUAUUUGGCAGCUGGAUGCCGUCUGCUUUCAGCAGCACUGAUACCGAACCCCAAGCUGAACAUUCGUUACACAGCUGCCAGUCAGGAGCAGGAGCAGCUUUUUAAUCUGGAUCGUUGCUCUGCAGCUAAAUGGUUCUCACACAACCGAAGCUGGGCUCAGGGAUUGUGGGAAAACUCACAUACACUCAAAAAAGCCGAAACAGCCUUUUAAUAAUUGUGGUGCUGCUAGAAUGAACAUUUCUAUUCACAGUCUCUGAAA